AUGGCCUCCACCAAGAAGACAGCUCUCGCUGGCUGGAACGUCAUUGGCACGGCUCGCGCCAAUAGCAACACGGAAAAGAUCAUUGCAAUGGAUACGAGCGACGAGGUCUCCAUCCUCGAGGCAGCUCGUCAGCUGGAGGGGCAGCCCAUCGAUCUGCUCAUCAACAAUUCCGGUAUUGGUAUCCCAAGCGAGUUCGAUACUGGCACCAAGGACGCCCUUAUGCGCCAAUUCGAGGUGAAUGCCGUCGGGCCAUUCCUCGUGACCAGAUCUUUGCUACCCAACCUGGAGCUGGCAGCAAAGGACAAUGGUAGUGCCUUCGUUGUGCAGCUCUCGUCAUUCCUCGGCAGCAUCGGCAGCUACACAAAUGACACUGUCGAUUUCUCCAAGCAGGCUGGCUACGGCUACUCGUCCUCCAAGACUGCGCUCAACAUGAUCACGCGAGGGCUUGCGUUCGACCUGCGCUCAAGUGGCGUCGUCGUCGUGUCGGUGCAUCCAGGAUACGUGGACACGGACAUGACCCAGGGCAAGGCGACGCUGAAGCCAGCGGAUAGUGUGGCGGCCAUGACCGGCCUCAUCGCCAAGCUUGGCUCUCAAAGUACGGGCAAGUUCUUCAACGUGGACCCGCAGAUCCCCGUGGUGGAGCUGCCGUGGUAA